AUCUGCUGCUACAUAAUGAACCACCCUAUGAAGAGCUCUCAGGUGGUCUGGGUCAGCUCUGCUCUCUGUCCCCAGAGUCACAACUAAACAUGGGGGAGUUCAGUUUGUAUGCACCACAUAUCUGGAGCAAACUCCCAGAAAUCUGCAGGUACGCUGCAACUCUCACUUCUUUUAAAUCGAGGCUGAAGACUUUUCUUUUUGAUGCUGCCUUUUUUUAAGUCAGUGUUCAGUUCUUACACUGUGACUUUUAACUCUUCCUCAAAAAUGACCUAGGAUUGUCCAAAGUGUAAAACAUAAUAACUCUGUCCUGCUCUCCUUGCAACUAUGAACUUGCAAUGGUUUUUGGUGACAGCAUUUCUAUUGUGACUGUGAGCAGCCCGCCCCUCUUUACGGUGAGACUUCUCUUACUGGAGCACAGUUCACUUCCAGGCGUUGAAGUGGUGCAGACAUACUGUUCACACAAAGAUGAAGCUCGCCUCGAUAACAGCUUUGCUCUGCACCUUCAGUUUGAUCUCUGUCUGUGUUUCUGAGUUCCACACUGUGGAGCUCCAGCCUGCUGAACAAGUCACACUGAUGUGCUCCAACUUCAGCAGCUCUACCGGGCACAUGUUCUGGUUCAGACUGGACAGCAGACCCAACAUCAGCCGUAUCUCCUCUAUGCAGAGCUCUGAUUCAAAUGCUUCACUCUACAAUGGAUUUCAAAAUGGAAAAUUUAACAUGACAUCCAACACCGCUACCCUCUUCCUCAACAUCACCCAUGUGGAUUUAGCUGACUCUGGACUGUAUUUCUGUGGAUUUUACUUAGAUGGAAAGCCAGUAAUUGUUAGUGCAACAUAUCUAAAGGUUCAAGAAGUGUUUGAUGGAAUAACGAGCCUGACCAGUGUGAUCCUCCUUGGUCUGAUUCUUUUCCUCGUUCCAGUCGUCAUUGGUCUGGUUGUCAAAAUCAGCAAACUUAGCACAGCUCAGAAAGAGGGACAGACUCCACAACGCAGCGAGAACCUGGACUCUGAUGCCCUGAACUAUGCAGCGCUCAGUUUCGAUCCAGAAGCAAGAAGCAGCAGAAAGCCUGAAUCAGAGAACCAGCUGGAGUCAAAUGUUGUGUAUGCUGCCACCAGAUAGACUCAGGAAACAUCUGGAACUGCAGCUCAGAGUGAAACUGAUUCUUUAUCAAGUUAAAUGUGCUCUAAGCGAUGUUGGGUUAUGUCAUUUCUUGUUGACCUUCGAAGUAUUGUCAAACAAAACGGAGGCUAGCUCGCCCCUCCCUCCUCCUCAUCCCGUCCCCUCCCCCUCCCUUCCGUGCUUCCUGAAACAGUCAUGAACGCAUUGUGGAAUUAGCCUGCGUGCUAACGCUGCUGCGGUGAUGGCUCAACCAGCUCCUUCUUGUCGGUUAUUGGA